AUGGUAAGCAACUGGGAGUGGACUGCAUACAAGCUAAAGUACAACAAGCACUACCCGCCGGAGCACGACUAUAUCCACCAAUGGCGUUACAGCGCAGUUGCCGAAGUUGUUCGCAGGAACCACAGAGAGUACGCUGAGGGCAGGGUGGCCUACUUGCUGAAUAUCAACGAAUUCUCCGAUACCGAUCGGAAAGACCGGAAGGCGAGUGGCAAUGUCAUUCUCGAACCAGAUGAAAAAAAGAUGGCUGAAGUGGUCUACAACAUUGGACCUGUGACAGUGUCCCUGGAUCAUCUUUACCCCGAAUUUUAUGAGUAUUCCCAAGGCAUCUUAAGCAUACCGGAUUGCAGAAAUGGGAAGGGAUUUCUUAAACACUCGAUGCUCGUAGUGGGUUUUGGAACAGAUCCGGUGGGACGUGACUACUGGCUGAUCAAGAAUUCCUUUGGCGAGAAAUGGGGCGAAAACGGAUAUGUGAGACUUGCUCGCAACGCUGGCAAUAUGUGUGGUGUCGCCACUUUUGCCCAAUAUCCAGUUUUCUAA